UUCUUCCUCACGAUUGCGACUUCCGGUCAAAACAAACAGAAGCGGGAUGUACAAACGGUCAUUGUAUAAAGUAAAUCCCGUGCAAAACAAUACCGGUCAGAAGACAAAAAGAACUGACCGAAAUAUCUUCAGUACCUACCAGAGGGUCACAGUUCUAUAGCAUAGCUUGACGAUUGGAGACAGACCUCUUAAUACAUGUACCUGGACAAAUUAAGAAUAAAAGGAAAACACUUGCACAAGGACGACUAGUCAGUGACGCUGGAGGACCAUCUGGCAAACCACGAGGGGUUUUAGCCCACGGGAUAGAUGUUCAGACAACAGAAGCAGAUCACAGAAAACCGUUCUCAGAAAGUCAUGGUGCUGUAUCCAAUUCUGAGUGGAUGACAGAUGAGGAAAGGGAGCCUUCAGCCAGUAUUACACCAAGGAAGAAAGCACCACGCACUACAGAACAGAACUCUCCUGCAAGAGUUCGUAAAACCGACACUUUAGAUCUCUCGGACAGUGAUGAAGAAAUCGCACAGAAUUCUCAGCUUGAAGUGUUGGGACAGCAAAAAUCUUAUCCAGACGGAGUUAUGGUUCUUGACGCAUCCUGUCAACUGAUUGACAUGGAUCAGACAGAAGUGGAUGUUGUCGUUGGUUACAGAAAAUCUCCUGCAAGAGUUGUUUGUCACUCCCCCGCUGCUGCCAAAAGACAGCUCAGGAAUUCGGCCAUGAGGGGUGAGCCAAACAAAGUGUCUGUUUCAAAUGUUCCUGCAAUCCCUGUCACAUCUCCAGUCAUGUCAAAACCCUCGAACAAGUCAUCUCCUGUUGUAAAAGAGAAAUUGACAGGAAUACUAAGAAGUACAGAUGAGAUGCUAGGAGCGCUUCCCGUGCUGACCCAGAUGGAGAGGAUGAUGGGAUUGCCGCAGCCAAAUUUUGAUGAUUCGGGGGACUCGGAGGAUUUACAACAGCCACCAGAGAAGUCUGAUGUCAUGUCUCUGAUCAGCGAGAGUGACGCCUGCUCCAUUGCAGACUAUGUCACAAAACCUGUCACCAGGAACAAAAAGUCAGCAAAUACUGCGAAGACUGCCCCAAAGACUCCGGGCACAGCCAAGAAAAAAACCAAAGUAGUGGCUUCCAGGUACAUGCAAGCAGCUCAAGCAAAAGGCUCAGUGUCAAUUCUGAUGGAUAAAUCUAGCAGGGCAGACAGAAGCAAGGCAAGUCGUAGUCUGGACAACCACACCACUCAGACUAAUUACCGAGGCAAGAAACAACCUAGAGACAAAAAGCUUGUUGAGCCCCCGAAACAUCCCAGCACCCCAGAGAAGGUGCUGACCACUAAGACAGGGAAGACCUCCACCCCAACCUCAGACAUCUCCUUCUUCUCGACUUUACAGACUGACAUCUCGGCGAUAUCUACAGGUGGUGAUACAUCCAAACUUCAUUCAGAUUCUCACUCUAAACUCAAGCAUAAACACAACAUUACACAGCAGGACCUGGACUUACUGUAUGGUAGACUAGUUCAGUGGGAUUUCCUGGCAUGUAAAGCAAAGAAAAUCAAAGAAGAGCAAGAAAGGAAAGCUAUGUCCCAGUUGUCAUGGCUUCAGGAAGAGGUACAAAAACUCAGAAAAAUCAAACAUGAGAAAGACAAAGAAUUAGCAAGAUUAAAACAUCUAAAUGAAUUAGAUGAACAACUUGAUAUUCAGAAGGAGUGUUUAGAACCAGUUGUUGGCCACUUGCCAAAACUGACCAAGCAGUAUGAGAUCCUGGCCCAGGCAUUGGACACCACUCGUCAUCAGAUACCAACCAAGGGGGUGUACAUCCCACAGGACGAGGAGCUCUUCCACCGUCAGCUGGAACAGACUUUACAAGAGAGUGAGUAUUUGUUGGGAGACCUAUCGGCCACUACUGGACAGUCACUACAGAGUGCCACAGCAACAGUCGCCAAACAUGUGUCUGCCUUAGAAAAACACACCAACCAACAGUGCCAGCAAUUAAAACAUUGUAAUGAGAUGAUAGCUGCCACACAGAGCCUGACCAUAGAAGAGAGCUCACUUAUACAACAGAGAGAAAUUACGUAUCACAGAACUGUAUAGUAAUAAUAUUCUGUUUUAUAAAUAAAUUAAUGCAAAAUAAA